AUGAGAGAAACCCUUAUGACAGUUGUCCAGGAGAAUCCAGAGUAUCUUUUUAAUAUCCUUGGCACUAAAGAACCUCAUCUACCUGAGGCUUCAGGACCAUCACAGCCAUCUUGGUGUGUGUGUACCUUUUGUAAAGAAAUGCCCACAGAGAAAGAGCAACUGUGUUGUCAAAAAAGUGAAGACAGUUGCAUUUCCAGACUUCCUGAUUUCAACAUUCUGAUGUUGGAUGAGGCAGUCCUUGCUUUGGCUAGACUAUAUCGACAAGAUAUAUUGGCCAUGCUGGAGGAUGAGGACAGAAACAGAGCCAACAGGCAUACGGCAUAUAGACAAUUUGUUCUUUGGCAUCAUGGAAAACUCCAAGUGGGGGACAGAAGGGUUAUUCCCAGCUGCUGAGUGUGUCGGAUCAGGGAGAAGUUUCCUGAUCCUUAUGGACAUUAUGAAGGGUUUAAAGAUGGCCUAUUACAAUAAAUUCCUAUAG